UAUUUCUAUAUAUGUAUAUAUAAAAAAAGAAAAACCAAAUUUACUUGUGUUCUCCUCGAAUAGAUUUGUGAUAGUGUUUCAGUAUCUAAACUCCCUAUAUCCAUAAUGGCCUUACGAGCAGCGGCAGCAGCCAGGAUUCCGGUAGCACCGAGAGGUCUCCGGGCAGUUUUCUAUUCAUUUUCUGCUAAUGUACCUUUGUAUCAACCGAGGACCGGAUCUCCGCCUGAACCAUCCACCAAACUCUAUGUUUCCGGUCUUAGCAAACAUACUACCUCUGAAUCUCUUCGAAAUGCAUUUUCUGAGUAUGGUGAAGUGCUCGAUGCAAAAGUGUUGACAGAUGGUAUAACUGGCUAUUCAACGUGUUGUGGUUAUGUUAGAUAUCAAACUAUGGAAGAAUCUGCAGCUGGUUUAGAGGCCAUGGAUGGCCAGUUCCUUGAUGGAUUGGUUAUAGUUGCUGAGUAUGCUAAACCAAAGCCUCGGCAUCCUGCCUUGAAGGAUGGUGGAUGUGGCUUUGCAUCCGUAUCAGACAUGCUCAUAUGAACUUCUUCUAUCAAGCUCGUUAAAAUUGGGAUAUCAACCAUUUGCUUUAAAGUAGAAUUCUUUAUACCAACCAUGCUUACUUAUUUAAUUUGAUUUUUUGCUAGUUCACUCAUCUGGUGUUUGGUGAAUGAACCAGACCCAAGUUCAUGUGUUCUUUUAGUCCAAUGGAAACAUGUCUGGAUAAGUUCCACUUCACUAUAUUUAUAGAUGCCUAAAUUGUUUGUUUUUGUAUUUGCAUUGAAAUGAAAUGUACCUCAGCAGAAUGAAUAUAGAAAAGCCCUGCUCCCA